AUGACGAUCACUCUAGAUGACGUCGCCUACCUGCUACACCUUAUUAUCCGAGGGAGACUCCUUAAACACUUCUGCAUCACUCGUGAUGUUGUCAUUGAGUUGAUGGUUGACUAUUUGGGUGCUCAACUAGAAAAAGUAGUUGAGUAUUGUUCCUUAACUAAUGGGGCACAUGUGAAGUUCUCAUUAUUGAAGGACCUUUAUCACAACCACCUUGUUGCGGCAGUUGAUUCCAAGACUGAGGGCGACGACUUCUUUGUUCAGUAUCACUGUUGGCACGUCCCUUUUGUGGACAAAAGUGAUAACUAUGUGGAUGUAACAUACCUUCGGUACUUCAUGGAUUUGGAUACGGGAAGGAUCAUUUCUCACUUCCACCACAUUCAUGGUUUUGAUCUUGAUCUUGACUAUACGGAGGGGAUGUCGAGGGUUGCCAUGUAUCUUCCACACAGAAGGAAUCAGAUGUUGUUCGAGGAUCACAGGGAGAUUAUCCCAUUCGACUCCAUCUCUUUGUACUCUGGGUGGCUGGCAUGUGGAACCGACACUAUGGUCAUGUAUCUGCCGAAGCGAUGCAUGCGGAAGUUUGGCUAUGUCCAGACCAUACCCAAAUCUCCAUCUGAGGUUGCUCCCGACACCAUUGUCCGUCGGGAUCUCGACGACAUCAUUGAGGAUUGGGAGCAUCAUAUGGCGCAACAAGACUAUCGGUUGAUGCAAGCAUCUAGUAGUUAG